CUAACUUGUAAUGAUUUUUUGAAGUUGUUAGUUGUUAUCAGCUGCCUUGUAAUAACCUCUCUUUGAGGUUUUCUUUUGCUAGGUUAUAAUAAAACUUGGAGACAUGGAGACGACAGAGGGCGACAUCGGCAGCCCAAUAUCUGAGCCGCGUCGUCGCUCGUAUCCGAGACCAGCGAUUGUACCACUACUAAUCUUACUAUUGCUGGUCAAUCUAGGGACUACUCUUUAUCAACUACCGCUGAACCGGGUCAUCGAGAAGCGUCUUUGUCGGGAGUACUACAUAAUUCAUGACCCUUCUAUCAUCGAUCGCGAUGGAAAUAUCAGCGAGAGACAUUGCAAGUUGGACGUUAUCCAACAAAGCCUAGCAUGGACAACCGGAACUAUGGAGACUUUAUGGAUCGUCGGGGAUUUUGUUAUGACUAUUCCUUUGGGGUUUGUAGCUGAGAAGUACGGUCGAAGAACCGUCCUCUGGCUCAACCUCGUGCCAAGGCUAUUCAUGCUUGCCUGGGCCGUAGUAGUCGGCCGUUUCGAAGAAAGCUUACCUCUCAAAGCCAUCGUUGCUGGCCCGAGUCUUUCGGUCCUUGGGGGUGAUUGCGUUUUUAACUCAAUCAUUUAUGCUCUUGCAGCCAGCCUUACCGAGGACAAUGCUGUUAGGGCAACUUAUUUCAGCUGGACCAACGCUGUAUCAUACGUAGUGACGUUUGUCGGUCCAGGGCUCGCUGGCGCAACGAUGACCUUGAACUUGUUUCUGCCAUUUUUCAUCGGUAUUUUCUUAUUGUUACUGGCAAUUCCCACGGUAUCAUUUCUCACAGAUCCGACGCAUGUUCCAAUGACGCCAGAAGAUGAGCAGCGGCAGCCUCUCAUAUCAUCGCCAAUCCUAAAGGCUCAAGGAGCAGAAACCUCCAUCCUGAAACCUGUUUUCGAACGCAUCCGUACACUCUAUUACAUUGUUCAAAGUCACCCCAGGAACCUAAUCCUCUUGUUGUUUAGCUUUUUUCUCACUUCCCUCGCAAGCUCUGACACCAAACUUCUGCCUCAGUACAUAUCAAAGAGAUACGAUUGGAGUUUUGCAAAAGCUGGCUACUUGCUCUCUGCGAAGGCCAUUGUGAAUUUCACCCUUCUCACCUUUAUUAUCCCGGGGAUUCUAAGGUCCAAAACUUCUACUAAUCAACCCCGAUCUCAAUCUCUUUUCGACAGGGACAAUGUCCGUUACGCCCGGAUUUGCUUAGCUGUCUCCGUUCUAGGUGCAUUGGCUAUUGCUUCCGCAAUUGCUAUCUGGCUUCUGUUCCCGUCUCUUCUACUAUAUGCUCUUGGAUCUGCCCUACCAGUCUUCACGAUGGGUUUGUUGAAAUCGCCGUCGGUGUCACCGAAAGACGACGACCGGCCGGCUAGCUCAACGGAUCCAGAAACACACAUCUUCUCUAUCGUUAUGAUGGUAAAGACUCUUGGUACUUUGGUAGGCGCACCACUGAUGGCGACAUUGUGGGUUCAAGGUAUUGCCACAGGUGUGUUGGGUAUUCCCUAUUUGGUGAGCGCUACUCUAUAUAUAACUGCAAUUGCUGUAUUCAGUGGUAUCAAAGUAAUAUGAGGACGGAAACGUAUUAAAUGAAAACAGGUGGUUCCAUUACUCAAUCAUCCUUAGAUAGACGCUACUUACCUUCAGUCCUAGGUACCUACCUCCUACCUAGGUCUUCAUUAACUUAUCAAUGUAGAAAGAUGUUCGCGCCUGUUAAGAACUGGGGAUCUUCCAAAGGGUCACCGCCAAAUCAACCGGGUAUACCGCAGGUGUGUUAGAUGUGCUAAUUGAUGAUGCUACAUGUAGACAUUUACCUCAGGUACUAAAAUGUAUAUUUUCCAGAUAUCUUAUAUACUUCGCCACCAACCCUACGGGCGAAGGAUUCAUCCCAAUUAAUCGUCGGAAGCCAUAUUGCAGAAUCUCUGAGAUUUACCCCCUCGGUCUAGGGCAAGCACCAUCAUACGAUAGGUACCAAAAAGUUGGCUCGAACGUACAGCUCGCCGCGUGGGGAGCGUACACUGCUGCCCCUAUUCUGGUGUCUUACCGACAUGGUUUGUCGCUUGGCGGUCAUGUGCCUUCGGCUACCGGCAUGUUAUCAGAUAUCAGGUAACAAUGCUAAACCGCGUUGCGCUUGUUUCGUAGUUCUACGAAGUACAUCUAGUACAAUUGAAUUCUAUAGACCUACUGAGAUGCUAAUUUAGGUAAUGACGCCAUUGACUCAAAACGGUACAUACCAAUGAA